AUGCAGACUGCGUCUACAAACAUUUGUGAAAGAACUGUGCAAUAUGUGCAUUCGUGACAUAUCCUUGUUACUAAAUAUUUCACGGCCAACUGUUAGUGGUAUUAUAACAAAGUGGAAGCAACUGAGAACAGCAGCAACUCAGCCACCAAGUGGUAGGCCAUGUAAAAUGACAGUGGGGUCAGCGCAUGCUGAAGCGCACAGUGCGAAGUCACCAACUGUCUGCAGAGUCAAUAGCUAAAGACCUCUAAACUUUGUGUGGCCUUCAGAUUAGCACAACAGUGCGAAGAGAGCUUCAUGGAAUGGGUUUCCAUGGCUGAACAGCUACAUCAAAGACUUACAAGAGCAACCCAAAGCGUUGGAUGCAGUGGUGUAAAGCACACCAGCACUGGACUCUAG